UCCGGAGAUCCAGACCGGGCGCUGUGAAACGCUGGAGGAAUCGCGUAAAGAAGAUGGACCUGUGGCUCUUGGUUUGCAUCGCCUUCUGUGUUCUUCAGUCCUCCAGCAAACCCACAGAGAAGAAGGACCGCGUCCAUCACGAUGCCCCCCUCAGUAACAAGGAGCAUGAUGAUGAGGAGAACUUCGACUACGACCACGAUGCUUUUCUUGGACAAGAGGAGGCGAAGACCUUUGACCAGCUCACUCCAGAGGAGAGCAACGAGAGACUGGGUAUGCUUGUAGAAAAGAUUGACGAGGAUCACGACGGCUUUGUCACCAUUGAUGAGAUGAAACGGUGGAUUAAACAUGCUCAGAAACGCUGGAUCUAUGACAACGUGGACCGUCAGUGGCAGGCUCAUGAUCUCAACUCAGACGCUUAUGUUUCCUGGGACGAAUACAAGAACGCCACCUACGGUUACGUCCUCGAUGGACCCGACCCAGAGGACGGUUUUAACUACAGGCAGAUGAUGGCCCGAGAUGAACGCCGUUUCAAGAUGGCUGACCAAGAUGGCGAUAUGAGGGCCAAUAAGGAAGAGUUUACAGCGUUUCUGCAUCCAGAGGAGUUUGACUACAUGAAGGAUAUUGUAGUGCUGGAGACCAUGGAGGACAUUGAUAAAAAUGGAGAUGGUCUCAUUGACUUGAAUGAAUAUAUUGGGGAUAUGUACAGUCAAAAUGGAGAUGCAUCUGAGCCCGAGUGGGUGAAGACAGAAAGAACACAGUUUACAGAGUUCAGGGAUAAAAACAAAGAUGGUCGUAUGGAUAAAGACGAGACCCGUGACUGGAUCCUGCCAUCCGACUAUGACCACGCAGAAGCCGAGGCCAAACACCUGCUGUAUGAAUCUGAUGCCGACAAGGACGGACGCCUCACAAAGCAGGAAAUUGUGAACAAAUAUGACUUGUUCGUCGGGAGCCAAGCAACUGAUUUUGGAGAAGCUCUAGUCCGACAUGACGAGUUUUAAUUUGGGAAAGUUUGUACUUGAAGAGUGCGCCAGGGGCGGCUGUGGCUCAGGUGGUAGAGCGGGUCGGCCACUAAUCGCAGGGUUGGUGGUUUGAUUCCCGGCCCACAUGACUACACAUGCCGAAGUGUCCUUGGGCAAGACACUGAACCCCAAGUUGCUCCCAAUGGCAUGCUAGCACCUUGCAUGCCAGCUCUUCUGUCAUUGGUGUAUGAAUGUGUGUGUGUGUGUGUGUGUGUGUGUGUGUGUGUGUGUGUGUGUGUGUGUGUGUGUGUGUGUGUGUGUGUGUGUGUGUGAAUGGGUGAAUGAGUCACAGUGUAAAGUCUUUUGAAUAUCGUUAAAGUUAAAAAGGCUAUAUAAGUGCAGACCAUUUACCUUUUGUGUGUUUACAAGCAUUCCUUGAUUUUCUACUGUGAAUCGAUCAAAUCCAGUUUCGUCUUUCAUAGGUUAUCGCUCACAGCCGAUAGAUCGCGACGUGUUUUCAAAUGCACUGAAAAUAUGAAGGAGUGUUCAGGUUGCCUUGUGAAGCUUGUUUAUGUAGCGUGCCGAUAUUUGUCUAAUUGCACAUCAUGGGUUUGUAAUGCACUAACAUGUCCAUAACAACAUUAUAGCUUGUGUGCAACCCGACACAACAGUAACUCUUAAACGAUUUCAACACUACAGUCACCAGUGGAGAUAUUGCACAUAAUAGAAACACUUUGUAUAAAGAAACAAUACCUGUAUGUAAACUACAUUUCUAAGUGACAUCAGAUGUUUUACAACCACUACGUGUACAGUUUGUGUGGAUACCUGCAUGUGGCCAGAGAAUGCAUGAUAUUAGAAAUUACAAUAAAUUAGUAAUAGAGCAUCUAUAUUCAGAGUCUCGCACUUUGAAUCAUAAUGGACCUAAUUAAGGAUUCGGAGUCUGCAGAUGCACAGAUAAGAAUUGCAUAGAGAUUAUAAUGAAGGUUUAUCAGAUAAAUCUGGAAAUUGUGCUGAUCAAUUAAAUACAUGUUUUUUUGUUUUAUCCCAAUGCCCAGUGGACAGUAAGUACAUACUACAAGGACAGGUAAAAACUGAUCUGAGAUCAGCACCCAUUUAUGGUUAACACGAUGGGCCUCAAUGAUGUAACGCAAGCGUAGUAUCCGUGUAAACCAUUCUUAAAACUAUUCUUGCGCUUGUGCCAACCAGGCCAAGAGUGAUAAAGCAACAUGCGAUAAAAGUGUUUUGUUUUUACUUCUGGUGCGUUGUGCUGGAUGGUCCAAAAUCCCACUUGUCAUAAUUGUACAUCAGAUAUCGUCUGAUAGGCUGGGAUUGUCUCGCGUCACGCAGGAGCUUCGCAUUCAUUGUGUACAGACACCUUCAUUUUCGCUUAACCUCUUAAACGCUGCGUGGGGAGGCGCUAUAUGGCAAGCCAUUUUAACACUUAAAAGACUGAAGUCCCUGGGUGCAUACAGUAAGUUAGGCAUAUGUGGUGUCAUUUGAAAGCUUAGAAUCUGAUCUUUUCAGAGAAGUUAUCACUUUUGCAUUUAGUUGCAUAAAAUAACAAAAUAAGGCCUAAAAACAUUUAUGUCGCAAAUUGGCCCCACCUUUAGGUUACGGUGUAGAAAUAUUACAAUUUAUAUAAAAGUCCUUCACAUAGCACCUACAUAGACACAUUUGAGUCUGUCAAAAGAUCUGAUCACCCCUAAAUAGCCUCAGACUUUAUAUCAAAUCUUUCCUUGGUUUGUUAGCUUAAAAUUAGUUAAAGAUAUUACUUGUUUACUUGUUUGUUAGCUUGCUUGGGUUGUAGCUUGUUGUGUCAAAAACAUGUAGUCGGGUACAAGAAGUAUGAGAAACAAAUCAUCAGUAAAUUAGGUUCCCAUCAUUGAAGAUGAAAUGUAAAGCUGGGAUUCUCUGCUUUCCAAUGGCAUCUAGAUCGGGCUUCUAGACUGCUCAGAAGCCAAGAUAUGCAACAAAACAGUGUGGAAGCUCUCAGCACUUCAAAAAAAAAGACUUGUUGUCUAUGGUUGAGCGCUAAAAUGCCAUAAAGCACCACCUACAUUUUAGAUCAGUAUAAUGUUUUGAAAGGCGAUAGAGGAAAAACUAUUGUUUCUAGUAAUUGCUGCCAUCCAGUGGAAUAAAAUAAGACUUUUUGCUUGAAAAUAGAGGACAUAGAACUGAAAUAGCAUGCUUUUAAACUAGACGUUUAGAGAUACAAAAAUAAAUAAAACGUUUUUAAUCAUAAAAUUAAACAAAUACAAUGUUAUUUAUUAAUCAUUGCAACCAUUUCUUAAAAUAUUGGGGGCUAUCUGUAAAAUGAGACAAUUUUUAUGUAAUUAGUCCACUGUAUGUGUGAACAGGGAGCCUUUAAAUUUGAGUGUGAAAAAUUCCAGAUGGUAGCCCAAAAAUCCUGCAUAGUGUAAGAGGUUAACUUGUUGCGUCACGCCUGGUGAGAACCAGUUUUUAACGUAAAUCAUUGUAUGCAUAUCCCAAAUAAUGUCCCAAUUUAUGAAAACACCCCCAGUUUGAAGGGCCCGUCAAUUGCAACCUGUCUUUCAGACCUUUAUAAAGUUCUAGAAUGAUCAUUUAUGGACUGAACCACAAACCUUUUCCUUUCCUCAAGUGCCCUUUUCUGUCUUGUGCCCAUAACCGUAAAACAGCUUCAUGUUUUUGACUUUAGUGUUUAAUUUGUGUAUAUGUUUGUCUAUAAUUAAAUGUGAACUGUAUUCAAUAUGCUGUGUUCAGGCAUUGUAAAUAUUGUCUUGAAGCUGAGAGUUUUUCCUCAAUAAAAUUGAU